GACAAAACAACCAAGCUUAUCAAUUGUGCAAGCCGGCAAUCUCAACAUCAGCAAUCCUCCCCUGCCACGAAGCCACUACUUCACCUCACUCACUAACCACAUUCCUCCACGAUGGGCUCAAUAUCACCUCCAUUUAGCACCAAGCCCAGCACCACGACCCUACAACGAAUUCCAGCAAGCGCCGGCCGCGAUGCCAUUCUCAAAGCCAUGCGCGAGGACGGCGGUGUCGUCAUCGAAGGCCUCCUAACACCUCAACAAGUCCAACAAUUCAACCAAGACAUCGACCCUGUCCUCGCCAAGAUGGAUCCAGGCUCCAAGCACGACGACGAAUGGACCAAAGAAUUCCACGGCACCAACACCAAAAGACUCACCAAUCUUGUCACCCACAGUCCCAGCUUCGGCAAGGAAUUUCUCGACAGGGACCUCAUCCACGAGCUCUGCACCGAGAUCUUCACCAAAGAUUCCGGCACAUAUUGGCUGAACACGGCUCAAGUCAUCGAGAUCGGUCCGGGGAACAAGGCCCAGGAACUGCACCGUGACCAGAUGCAAUAUCCCGUCUUCACGACGGUCGGGGCCAACGGGCCCGAAGCGUGCGUCAAUUUCCUGAUCGCCCUCAAUGAUUUCACCGAGGAAACCGGUGCGACGCGUGUCAUCCCUGGAAGCCACCAAUGGCCCAGCUUCGAGUACUACGGCACGCCGGAGGACACGGUCCCCGCAGAGAUGAAGGCCGGAGACGCCUUCUUCUUCAGCGGCAAGGUGGUUCAUGGAGGCGGUGCGAACAGAACCAAGGAUUACCAGAGGCGAGGUCUGGCUUUCUCGUUUCAAUGCUCCUACCUCACUCCCGAGGAGGCCUACCCGUUCUUGAUCAGCAUGGACACCAUCAAGACGCUGAGCCCGCGAGCCCAGAGGAUGGUUGCUUUCCGAUCACAAUUCCCCAAAGACUCGCCUGGUUUGUGGCAGAGUGAUUAUAUCGAGUUGGCGCAGGUUAUUGGCUUGGAGUCCAAAGCAUGAUGUUUGAUGUCUGAGUGAGG